AUGCAGAUCUCCUGGUUUGCCAUUAUGGCGGUUCUGUUCACUGCCGUCGCUGCCAAAUCGACCGCAACCACUACGACUGCCGCUGCGACUUCGGCCAAGGAAAGCUCUAGCUCGGCUUCUACCAAACCAACCAAGAAUGCGGCUGCCGGAAACGCCCUGAACAACCCAUUCGCAUUCCUUCGAGAGUUACACGGAGGCGUUGAUGGCAAUGGAUGUUAUUUAAGGAGGAAGAGGGGGAUUAAUGGCUGA